GGUUGGGAAAGAAGGCGUGGGGUUUUAUUGGUAACCAGCUGGGGAAGUUGAGGGAAAUGGAGGCUCGGUUUGAACAGCGUGAGGCGGAGAGAGAAAGGGAGAGACAGAGGAGUGAGGGUUUUAGAAUGGAGUGUGAGCAAGAAAGGGAAUGGAAAUGGGAGGAAUGGGUGAAGAAGAAGGAGGAGAGGGAAAAGGCAAGGGAGCAGUUGAGGAAGCAGAGGAUGCAAGAAUGGGAAGCGUUCGAGAAGGAGAGUGAGGAGAGAGAGAGAAGAAGAAGAGAAGAAGCGUUGAUUCAUGAGAGGGAAUGGGAGGAGAGGAUGAAUAGGAGGAGGUCGGAAUGGAAGAAGAGGAUGGAUGAUAUGUUGGGUCACCACCGGGCAGAGAUGGGUCAGAUGCAGUCUCGCAUUCUUCAUGAGCAGCAAAAUCUUACAAGCCAGUUACUGGGGAUUGUCUCUCAGUGGACUGCUCAUCCAGCUGGACUGUCUGAUCAUACUGGUGCAAGCAACCAUUACUUAUCACAGAUGAUGCAGAAUCUGCACCAUGUGAAUAGUUUGGAUCAUGACGAUGCUAGGGUUGAUGGAGAUAAUCAAGAUGAUCAGUUCAUUGUCGACGGAUGAUGUCUUUUGUUGUAAAACUGCUCUCUGCAUGUAUGCAAUAAUCUCUGCAGUGGUGGUGGAUAUGUAAAGUUAUCUGAAAAUGUGACUGGUGGCGGAGUCUUGGUAUUGUUCCAUUCAGUGGUGAUUUGGAUGCUUUAUGGAAGGAAGGGAAGCAGUAGAGCCACCUAUUUUGUGUAAGAAAUGAGUGAAGAGAUAAGAAGGGGGACGAUAAGAAGAAAAGAAAAAGGGAGACUGAAGGGAAAAGUGAGGGAGCAGAGGGGUGGGGCUUUUGGGCGGAAGAACAAAGAGGAGAAAGCAGAAGGAGGAGAACGAAGGCAAUGAAAG